CAAUGCAGGUCCGUGAAACUGUAAAGGGCCCCGGGCUGGUUUAGGACCUUUACAUGUUCCUGGGGAAGAACUAGGUGCGCACUGCCACUGGCGCACCGUUGUUGUUGUUGCUAUCUUGUUACCAAGGACGCACCAAGCAAGAUGGCUGGUAACGUCAAAAACCAAAAAAGAAACCCUCGCUAUGUGGGAGAAGCAAAAAACCUGUUACGAAACGGUUUUGGAAUGUAUGUGUAUCCCAACAGCUUCUUUCGCUAUGAGGGACAAUGGGAAAUGGGAGAAAAGCACGGACAUGGACAACUCCUGAUGAAGGAUGGAAGUUACUAUGAGGGCGACUUUUCCCAUGGGGAAAUUGAGGGGAAUGGGAAGAGAUUCUGGGCAAAAACAGGUGAUACCUACUCAGGGCAGUUUAGCAGAGGUGAGCUCCAUGGAUACGGGGCCAUGGAGAGAGCCAACGGAGAGAGAUAUGAGGGGGAGUUCUCUUCUGGACUACGAGAUGGUCAAGGGUUCCUUGAAGACCAAUAUAGACAGACGUACAAAGGAUCAUUUCAUGAGAACAAAAGGCAUGGUGAAGGACAAAUGCAGUACAGAAAUGGAGACCAAUAUGAAGGUUGUUGGCUGCAAGACCAAAGACAAGGCCAUGGGGUUAUGCAGUUUGGAGAAGGCUCAGUGUAUGAGGGCCAGUGGCGCAACAACCUCUUCAACGGACAGGGCAGCUUGAUCCACUGCUCUGGGGUCAUCUAUGAGGGAGUGUGGCUCAAUGGCAAACCACUGGGUGGCGCAUCCAAUAUUGUCAUAGAGGGAGGCGAUGUUUUGGAGGUCUUCCAAGAGUCUCCAUUUUCAGUGGAAGUGCAACUUCAGACUAAGGACGGGGAGAAAACAACAGGUGAAAACGGCCGAGUCCUCCAGAUAUCAGCCGGUGUCAGACUCCCUGAUGUCUCUCCGUCAGCUCCUGCCAGCCUGCUCAAGAUGUUCGAGGACGUCAGAGAAGCCCUUGUCCAGACACCUUUUGGCUUUCAGGUUGUCAGCUAUCCUUUGAUGGAGAGAGCCUUUGAAAGCCAGGACUCUGGAGGCCCUGAAUUCCCCCUCGCCACGGCUGCAGCUCCCUCUCCGCUGGCGGUGGCGGGGGCUAAAUUGGUGGCGCAGGCUGACUCGUCGCUCCCGGAGGGCGAGUGGGAGUUUGGAAGUGGAUCAGACGGCCAGGCACAUGGGGGAGGUGCCACAGUCCCACACAGCUACCUGGACGGAAAGGAAGUCAGCAUGGAUUGGUCCGGAACGGCAGAGUCCUCCACCGUCACAGAGUGUUCCUCAGGGCUUUUUCCUGAACAGCAAGGGGACUCUAUUUCUUCUCCAGCCAAUCAGAGGGUAAAGGACGGUCAAGCCAAAUUCCAGGAUGUAAUGUUAGCACUUCCCCCACCUGAUUUUAUACCCUAUCAGCUACUGGAUGAGAUGGACAAGAGAAACGUCAGAAAGUUAUCCACCCGUGUAGAUAAACUGGGACUCUCACAGGAUAAAAGCUCUGAUAGCAGGGCUGGCACUGCGCCCCGUUUGGCCAACAACACCAAGGUGAACCCUCUAGACAGCAGGACUGUGAGACCAGGUGAAUAUGUAAUAAUGGUGAAAGAAGUCACCAGCCCACCAUUCCUAGACCAGACGUUGCCUCCAGCUUUCACCCUGCUUCGAGUGUGUCCGGCCAAGUCCAAGAAUAAGAUGGGCCUAACGGACAAGAGCAGGAGCAAGUGAAGAUGUGUGAUGAACACCGUAUGAGGAGUACAUGUGAACCAUGCUUUCAAGACUUGUUUAGAAUGUCUGAACACCGAGAAGCCUUAUUUUACUAUAAAAUACAGUUUGGAGUGAGUAUUCUUUCUCUUAGCUAUGAAGUUAUGAAACAUUGGCAUUCUCGUUCGUUUUUGGUUUUUGCUUUUGGUUUUUACUGUUGUUUGAUUGAGGUCAGUAUUAUGGACUCAAUAUGAAAUGGUGCAGAGAGAGUAUACUGUUUUCCUUUCCGACAGUAGGGCAACGUGUAUGCUGUUGGAAAGUUACCAUUGCUGCUGCAAGGGAAGCAGGUCAUUUAAGGGCUGUCUAAGCAUGUUUAUUUUCAUUCAUUCCACAUGUGUUGGACCUGAAGCUUUAUUAUCCUCAAGAAAUGUUGAGACCUUUCCCAAGACAUGACUGAAUGUUACACCAACAAGGCUCCCCUCGUCUAGAGGUUUGAUAUUGAAUAUGUGAUAAAUCAGGGUGCACGCUCUUUAAGACAACCGACAACCGACACCCCACCCCUCACUCAUGAAGUCAUACUAUUCUAGCCCCCACCCUGCUGUGGAGAGACCAGUGAUUUGGCCCAAGUAGUGUUUUGCGUCAAAGACAUUUACGUCAGGGCAAUUGCGAUGUUUCAGUUGUUUUGAUAGAACAGGGAAAUGUUUCUAUGGAACAGAAAUGGUAUUAUCAUGCGUCACCUAAAAUCUCAAAAUCCAUCAUCUAUCUGUAAUCUUAAUGCCUGCUUGUGCCAAUUUAAAUGUUCAACUUCAUUAAAUAGACCGCUACUGCUUUUUAAAGUACUAUCUUCCUGAGUCAUGACUUGUGUUUACCUGUUGACAGGAAGAUAGCAAGCCCGGGGCAGGUUCUGUACAGCAUUAUGCACUGUUGGUGCAGUGGAUUCAGAAUGAAGAGUUUUUACAGCCCGGUUCUGCAGGUAUGUUUCUAUAUUUUGAUUUCAGUCCUGGAUGUUGCCAUGUGCAGCUCGUUAACGUGAAAGUAGGUUCUAGUUGAGACUCUUAAAUCACAUCUGUAAAUGAGCUUUUAGCUGGAAUUCCCCCCCGUGUCCCUCUCCAAGGGCAGCAGCGGGCUGCAAGUUAACAACAGCCUCCAUUUUAACGCCUGCUUCGUUUCAGGGGUUCACUAACGCAAAGAUGCUCUAAUGAAACCAAAUUGGACUCAAUUAGAUUUAGAGGUUUAAUAACCUAGUGCAGUGAAACACAUGAAUAACUAACAUGUGUGCACCUCACUUCUUAUAAAACAAAGAAUGUUUAGUAAUUGUGCUGGAGCUCUACUAUAUGAGUGUUAGCCUGGGAUGAAGCACAACAUUUUGGUGUUUCAACUGCUUCAUCCUUUGAGUCAUCCAUUUAUUUUUGUUUUUCGUUUUUCUCAAAUACAACCUACACAGGUGAUCACGCUUCAGGUAGCUCUAUUUGUGUUUAUUUUAAAGUUAUAAUAAAAUCUCAGGAAUGGUUAAAAGUAAUGGGCCGGAAACUUUGCUUCCACUUAUCCAAUUCUUUGCACAUAAGUGAUUACCCCAAGGAAGGGUUGAAGGAUGAAGCUUUACAAUACUUGGCUAUGUCCUUGGCCAGAGUUUAGGAUAAGUGUGUAUAAUUGGGAUAUGAUAAAGGAUACUGUGGAGUGUGUACAGACUGUAUUUAGAGUAUACAGUAUUCAAAUUUGCUGACAAAAUUGGAACUUUGAAGAUCUGCUGAAUGUUGAACUAUUGGCCUUUUUGAGGCAGUGUUGAAUUUGCUAUGUUUUGCUGUCAUGUAAAAUA